CCGGACAAGAUGGCGGAGCCGGGGAAGGGGCGAGGAGCGGCCCCGGCGGGGAAGGGGCUGAGCGCCGAGCAGGUGGUGUCCCGGUUUAACCGCCUGCGGCAGGACCAGCGGGGUUUGGCCUCCAAGGCGGCCGAGCUGGAGCUGGAGCUCAACGAGCACACGCUGGUGAUCGAGACGCUGCGGGAGGUGGAUCCCACCCGGAAAUGUUUCCGCAUGGUCGGGGGGGUGCUGGUGGAGAGAACGGUCAAGGAGGUGCUGCCCGCCCUGGAGAGCAACAGGGAGCAGAUCUCCACUCUAACCAAAUCUCUCUCUUUUCCCCCAUUUCUCUCAAUUUCCAAUUUUCCCAUUUUUCCCCCAAAUCUCCAAGCUGAUUUAUUUUCUCCCUUUUCCCCCAUUUUCCCCAUUUUUCCCCCCAGAUCUCCACUCUAACCAAAUCUCUCUCUUUUCCCCUAUUUCCCCCAUUUCCCCUAUUCCCCUAUUCCCCAUUUUCCCCCUUUUUCCCCCCAGAUCUCCACUCUAACCAAAUCUCUCUCUUUUCCCCUAUUUCCCCCAUUUCCCCCAUUCCCCAUUUUUCCCAUUUUCCCCCUUUUUCCCCCCAGAUCUCCAAGCUGAUUGAGUCUCUCUCUUUUCCCCUAUUUCCCCUAUUCCCCAUUUUUCCCAUUUCCCCCCAGAUCUCCACUCUAACCAAGUCUCUCUCUUUUCCCCUAUUUCCCCCAUUUCCCCUAUUCCCCAUUUUCCCCAUUUUUCCCCCCACAUCUCCAAUCUAACCAAAUCUCUCCCUUUUCCCCCAUUUCCCAUUUUUCCCAUUUUUCCCAUUUUUCCCAUUUUCCCCAUUUCCCCCCCAGAUCUCCACUCUAACCAAAUCUCUCCCUUUUCCCCUAUUUCCCCCAUUUCCCAUUUUUCCCCAUUUUCCCCGUUUUUCCCCCCAGAUCUCCACUCUAACCAAAUCUCUCUCUUUUCCCCUAUUUCCCCCAUUCCCCCCAUUCCCCAUUUUUCCCAUUUUCCCCCUUUUU